AAAGAGAUCAAUAACUUGAAGACUGAACAUGAUGCUUUCAAAGAAAUAGCAGAGACACAACCUCCAAGAGCAGUUUUGGAGAUCGCUACUUCAGUGACUCUUGUGGGCAACACUAUCAAGCUAAAUCUUGAGAAAGUUCGUGGUUACUUGGUAGAUGACGAUGUAUCCAUGGCGGGGAUUUGGGGCAUGGGAGGGGUUGGAAAGACAACUCUCUUGAAUGAAAUCAAUAACUCAUUACUUGAUGGUGAUACUAAUCGGAGGUUCAAUUAUGUCAUCUCUCUGGUGGUUUCAAAAGAACCUCAAUUUGAGAAGCUUCAAAAUGAGAUAUCUAAAAGUUUUGAAAAUAGAGGUCAAAGCUACAAGCGCAAGGUGAUCUUCACAACCAGAGAUGAUGAUGUGUGUGCUCAUAUGAAUGCUCACAAGAAGAUCAAAGUUGAAUGUAUGGGUGAAGAAGAAGCAUGGCAUCUUUUCAAGCAGUUCGCAAAUGAAGAGAUCAUUAAUUCCAAUGCUAUUAUUGAACAACUAGCAAGGAAAGUUAUGAAGAAGUGCUCAGGUUUACCACUUGCCCUUAAAGUCAUUGGUCGAGCCACGUCGAAUAUGAAGACACCUGAAGAGUGGCGUCACAUACUAAGGUCGUUAAUUAAGAUGGAUGUCAGGACUGUUACUGGUAUCGAAAAAUCAUUGUUUCACAACUUAAAGGUCAGUUUUGAUAAUUUGGCCAGUGAUACUCUCCGACAAUGUUUCUUGUGUUGUGCUCAAUGGCGUGAAGAUUUUGACAUUAAAAGUCUCGAUCUCAUAGAGCCUUGGAUUGGGUGUGGAUUGAUCGGUGACUUUUGGAAACAUGGGGAAGCCUUUGACGAGGGAUUUUCUCUCAUUGCAAAAUUAAAUGAAGCAUGUUUGUUGGAGUUGGAUUAUGACUUUACUGAAGAUUAUGUCAAAUUACAUGAUGUGAUUCACGAUAUGGCACUGUGGAUUGUGUCCGAGUGUGGGAAGAAAAAGAACAAAUGGAUUGUUGGUGGAAGUGAUGAUGAUUUAAGACAAUUUUCAAAGUGGGAAGCAGGCAACUGGCAGGAGACAGAACUAAUAUCGUUCAAUGGUACUUUGUUUGGCAAUAGUCUCCCGAAAUUUUUAAGUGAUAAAAAUAUUGACGAAAAGGGCCAAGUUUCUGUUGCAGCAACUUCUCCUAGAUAUCCUAAUCUCCAGAAUUUAUUUAUGGCUGGAUAUUCUAGAUGUGAUAAAAGGGACGAGGUGGUUAUAAACUUUUUCCCUCAUAUGCCAUCUCUCACACAUUUGAACUUAUCUGGGGCACCUAUCACGGGUCUUUCAAAAGAAAUUCGAGUUCUAGUUAAUCUUCAAUACCUCAACAUCAGCGCCACAAGCAUUCGGUCACUUCCACCUGAACUAGAAGAGCUCAAGCAAUUAAAAUACUUCUUCUUCAGACGUCCAUCUUUUGUAAGUAAAGGUAAACCUGUUCCAAUUAAAGCCGAUGGGUUGUCUGCAUUAUCAAGGUUGCCCGAGUUGCAAGUGCUUGAUCUUUAUGAAAAUACUUGUUUAGAAGCAGGUGACUUGAGGAUAUUGAUGGAUAGGAAGAGGAUUAAAGCGAUCAGUAUGGAUGUGGAAUCAGUCGAGAUUCUUUGACUUCUUAAAGAUUUGCCGACUUGGAAAAUAAAUUUGAAAAACAUACAUGAUAUGCCUACCCUCCAGCUUUGUGACUUGAGUUACAAACGUGAUGGUGAGGGUUUGAUGGAGUUACAAAUCAGUGAUUGUGGCUUUGAGGACUUGUUGAUAAAUGGCAGUGGGGUCAGUCUAAAGCAUCUCGAAUUGAGUGGUCUUGCAAAGCUCAAGCAAAUCACUCGGCCAGCAGAAGCAUUUCGUAGUGGAUGUUUCCCGAAGUUGACAUAUGUUUCCAUUAGUGAUUGUGAUUCUCUGAGGAGUCUUUCGUGGGUUUUGCAUCUCCCAUGCCUUAGGAUAUUACAAGCAUGUUGUUGCUCAGCAAUAGAGGAAUUGAUUGACCCUCGAGAGAUGCAACAAGCUUCAUUAGGCCUUCCCACCUUUCCUAACCUACAUUUAUUGUUUUUAUAUAGCAUGCCCAACUUAGUAAGUUUAAGCACAUGUUCAUUGGAUUUCCCUGUUUUGUCUGUACUUACGUUGGAAAGAUGUCCAAAGCUGAAGAAACUUCCUUUCAAGUCAUCCAUUGUCAAUAAUAAAUUCAAAAAUGUGGACAUUGACGGUGACUUGUGGGAGAGUUUGGAAUGGGAGGACACAACAAUCCGAUCUCACCUCG